AUGCAAGGGCUGUCGACGAGAAGUCAUGCGCCGCCCUGGUUGUAUGUCGCUGUCUGCGUAACAUAUCUAUAUGCAUCACUUCUGGCCACACUUUCUGUGCUCGCAAAGUCGGCGGUUGCAGCGGUGGCAAAUAGACAUCUUUGCCUUGUAUUACUCUCGGUAUGGGCGGUAUAUGUCUACCGAGAUGUAUUGCCUCUCGCUAUUUUCACCCUCAGCCCGCUCGAUGCCUCAGAGGGCGUUAUUUUGUGGAUUCAACUGGUGGACCUCACCUUUGCUGCAGUCGUCGUCCCGCUGUUGAUUCCGCGGCGUUACACACCUGUUGAUCCUGACCAUCCUUCUCUGGAACCUCACCCCGAGCAAACCGCAUCCGUUCUAUCGAGGAUGAUGUUUACGUGGCUAGAUAAAAUAGUAUUCAAAGCCUACCGCGUACCUCACCUCCCUAUCGAAGAGCUACCACCGCUAGCAGACUACGAUCAAGCGCACAAUCUCGUGCAGAAGUCGCUCCAGGAACUCGAUCCUUUCCAAGUCGUGAAGGGCCGACACGUCGUCUGGGGACUAGUGAAAGUCUUUCGCCGCGAUCUAUUGAUUAUGGCGCUCAUGCAAUUCCUCUUCGUGGUCGCGCGUUUCUCUGACCCUGUUGGCAUACGAAAUCUACUCUGGUACAUGGAGAACGGAGGGGAGGGCGCUAUGGUGAAGCCAUGGGUCUGGAUCUCGUGGUUGUUCUUGGGACCCGCAGCUUGCGUGAUCAUCUUAUCAUUCUACUUCUUCCUAUCCGAACGGGUGCUGGUCCGCAUCGAAGCGAUCAUGACCCAGCUGGUGUUCGAGCACGCUCUCCGUAUGCGGGUAAAGGCUGACGUUUCGGACGCACCGAUGUCAACGGGAAAUACAACUGUUGCCGGUACUCCCGAUACAGUGUCUUUGGCGGAAUCGGGCAGCGCACCUGCACGCGAGGAUGUUAAUAACAGCGAGGAUGAUGGUAACUUGAGUAGCACAAACACCGCUGCUGGCGAAACAAGUUCGACACAGCGUAAGGACAAGUCGACGGUUUCCGUGCAGCAGAGCCAGGAGGACUCCGGCAGUAGCAUUAAACCAAGCGAGGACACAGAAUACAAGGAUCAAAAUGGAGCCGGAAAGGUCAACAACCUGAUCACCACAGACCUGGACGCAAUUGCGGGGGCUCGCGAUAUUUUCCAGUUCGUCGUGCAAGUCCCUGUGCAGCUGGUCUUGUGCAUCUGGUUCCUAUACGAUGUCUUGGGAUGGAGUGCCCUCGCCGGUAUGGCAUUAAUGGUGCUCAUGUUGCCCCUUCCUUCGACUCUGUCAGGGAAGAUCCGAGGGGUUCACGCCGAGAAGAUGAAAAGGACAGAUUCCCGUGUACAGGCUGUCACCGAAGCCAUGAGCGUUAUCCGUAUGAUCAAGCUUUUUGGUUGGGGAUCGCGCCUGUCGAAACAACUGAGUGCAAAGCGUGAAGAUGAGCUGACUUGGAUUAGGACUUCGAGACUGUUGGAAGUGGCCAACAACAUCGCCAACAUACCUCCAAUCACCAUGGUCUUCACGUACCUUAUCUAUACUUUAAUCAUGAAGAAACAGCUCACUGCAUCUACAGUGUUUUCUGCGAUGAAUGUCUUCGAGAUGGUCCGCGAGCUGUUGCACAAUACUUUCGGCGCGAUCCCCAAGCUUAUGCGCGCUAAAGUGUCACUCGACCGUAUGAACGAAUUCUUGCAGAAUACAGAGCUAUUGGACGAAUUCUCCGAGAACUCGACUACUCACGCAUCAGAACUCAGGAUAUCCUCUCCGUCAAUAUCCAGCGAUACUCUAGGUUUCCGUAAUGCAUCAUUUACUUGGACGAAGGCACCUCCAUCGACUCCCGGAUCGUCGAGACGUAAUUUUACGCUCCACAUUGACGGUGAUCUGAUUUUCGAACGUGGACAUAUCAAUCUCAUUGUUGGCCCAACGGGUUCGGGAAAGACAUCACUCCUCAUGGCGCUUCUGGGCGAGAUGCAUUACAUUCCUGCUGGACCGAACUCCUUUGUAGCACUGCCACGCUCCGGAGGAGUUGCGUAUGCGGCUCAAGAAUCAUGGGUGCUCAACGAUACUAUCCGGAAUAACAUACUAUUUGGUACAACGUAUGACCGAGAACGAUACGACAAAGUGAUCACUCAAUGCGGUCUCACGAGAGAUCUUGAGUUGUUUGAUGCCGGGGAUCAUACUGAAAUAGGAGAGAAGGGAAUAACACUAAGCGGAGGGCAAAAGGCUCGAAUCACUCUAGCUCGUGCAAUCUACUCAACUGCGGAGAUCCUACUACUUGACGACAUUCUGGCUGCUCUGGACGUGCACACAGCAAAAUGGAUUGUUGAGAAGUGUUUGCAAGGCGAACUUGUCCGCGAUCGGACAGUGCUGUUAGUCACACACAACGUUAACUUAGCUGGACCCAUCGCGCGGCACGUUGUGUCUUUACGUGACAAUGGACGGAUCUCCAGCCAGGGCACUUUGUCCCAUGCUCUUGAGCACGACCAAGCACUAGCUGCGAAAGUAGCUCAGGAUCUCGAAGUUCGUGAGAAGGCAGAACAAAAUAUUCAUCAAGAUCAGUCCGAAGAAGAUACUAUGAAGGCCAAUGGUAAACUAGUUGUCUCUGAAGAGAUUUCUGAAGGGCAUCUUGGAUGGCCGGCCUUAAAACUGUACCUAAAGAGUAUGGGCGGAAGCCGCCCCAUCCUCUACUGUAUAAUCGCGGUGUGCAUUGAGUUCACCUCGGACCUGUUGGAUAACCUAUCCUACUGGUAUCUCGGUUUCUGGGUAAGACAAUACGAGGAACAUCCUCCAUGGGAAGUGAAUGUGCCAUUUCACCUUUCCGUGUAUGCAUUGAUCAUGCUACUUGGGUUCAUCAUGUACUUCGUGUAUGCUUCGAUCUUCCUUGUUGGCAGUCUCAGAGCCUCACGCAUCAUUCACAAUACGUUGAUCACAUCGGUUCUUGGUACCACCAUGAGAUGGUUGGACAAGACACCUACUGGACGUGUGAUCGCUAGAUGUACGCAAGAUAUUGGCACCAUUGACUCGGAACUCUCCUCCUGCUUAGACGUCCUCAUCAUCCUGGCAAUCAACAUACUCAUUAAGCUCGCGGCCGUCACAAUCACUGCACCCUUCUACAUCUUUUCCGGUAUCUUUCUCGCUGUUGUGGGAGGGUACAUCUGUCAAGUGUACAUGAAGGCCCAAUUAUCUGUGAAGCGAGAGAAGAGCAAUGCACGUGCGCCAGUUCUCGGACAUUUCGGCGCUGUCUUCACCGGGCUUGUGUCUGUCCGUGCAUACGGUGCCCAAGAUGCCUUCAGGAAGGAGUCAUAUGCGCGAAUCGAUAAGUACUCACGAGCUGCGAGGAUAUUCUGGGUUCUGACUCGCUGGGUAAACAUUCGCAUCGAGUUCUUUGGCGCCAUGUUCUCCACCGGACUUGCCUUCUACCUCGUGUACGGGGGCGGCAACUCAUCCGCAGCGAAUACAGGUUUCACGCUUAACAUGGCAGUUGGCUUCGCGUCCAUGAUAUUAUGGUUCACAAGACUUUUCAACGACUUUGAGGUCGCAGGGAACAGUCUCGAACGCAUACAGCAAUAUCUUGAGAUUGAACAGGAACCAAAGUCAACUGAGAACGGUCUACCUCCCGCAUAUUGGCCCUCCAGCGGUAAUUUGAGGAUUGAAAAGCUCUCCGCUCGUUAUUCAACGGAUGGACCUCGGGUACUCCACGAGAUCUCGUUCGACAUUAAAUCUGGAGAGCGUGUGGGCGUCGUGGGUCGUACUGGGAGUGGAAAGAGCUCCUUGACCCUCGCAUUGCUGUGGUGCAUAAUCACAGAAGGCCAGAUAUACUACGAUGGUCUACUCACGAAAAACAUCAACCUCGACGCCCUUCGAUCGCACAUCACGAUCAUACCGCAAGUGCCUGAAUUACUUAGUGGGACGUUGCGACAAAAUCUUGACCCGUUCGAAGAGCUUGACGACGCAGUGCUGAACGACGCCCUUCGAUCCGCAGGCUUGUUCUCACUUCAGAGAUACACGGAUGAAGGCCAAAUCACUCUAGAUACCCAGAUAGCUAGCGGAGGUAAUAACCUUUCGUUUGGCCAGAAACAAAUUCUGGCGUUAGCUCGGGCGAUUGUACGACAGAGUAAGCUAUUGAUCCUGGACGAAGCGACAUCUGCUAUAGACUAUGAGACCGAUACCGUCAUACAGGCGUCACUGCGCAAAGAACUCGACAAGGGUGUCACUGUGCUGACAAUCGCACACCGUCUUCAGACGAUCAUGGAUGCAGACAAGAUAAUGGUCCUCGAUGCUGGACACAUCGUCGAGUUUGGAAAGCCUAGUGAGCUUUUACAGAUCAAAAACGGGUUGCUCCGGGCAUUGGUAGACGAGAGUGGAGACCGAGAGAACUUGAUAUCCAUGGCUAUGGGUGCUGGCACAUCGAUCGAGGUUCCAUGACUAGUGCACGGCAGUCUCACAGACGCCAGAAGGAGCGCCCAUUCUACGUGAGAUUGACUCGAACCGCUAGGAAGUUAUCACGUCACGAAACCGUGCUCGGAAUGUGAAGCAUUCCCGAUCUUUCCGCUGUUCAUGAGCCAUGCCAUCUUCAUAUGCGAACAGCUUACUUAUACAAACAGACUAUCUAUACAGUACUUAUGACAGGCGCGCGGUUUUGUCGUGCUGCAUCACAAUCAUUUGCCUACCCGAGCGGAGUGCGUAUAGCAUUCAAUAUAGAUGUCAGGAAGAUUGUAUGAU